GUUUUUUUAUUUACUAUAGAUGAGUAACACCAUCAGGCACAUCAGACAUCGUUCAGUUUCAGUGAUAGUCUCUUCAAAAUGCAUGGACGAUUGAAAGUACGUAGCAGUGCCGAGGAAGCCGCUCGGAAGCGGAAGGAACAGGAACAGAAAGCGCAAAAGUUCCGUGCUGGCAUGGGACGAAUUUUGAUGAAGAAAGUGGCGAACGAGUUGGACCAAGAGAUGAUGGAUCUGACUGGCAGAGUUUUGAGUUCCAAUCCGGACAUUGCGACCCUGUGGAACCUCCGGCGACGUUGUAUCCAAGAAUUCACAAAAGAAGACAAAGACAAUCAAACACUAUUCGACAAAGAUCUCAGCUUCACUGAGAUGUGUCUGCAGGUAAAUCCGAAGUCCUACUGUGCCUGGCACCAUCGUUGCUGGGUGUUGGAAAAUGCACCUUCACCGAACUGGCAGAAAGAGGUUGAUCUUUGCACAAAAUAUCUCAAGCUGGACGAAAGGAAUUUUCAUUGCUGGGAUUAUCGUCGUUAUGUAGUGGAAAAAGCUAAGGUUUCUUUAGAAAAAGAACUUGAUUUUUGCACCGAAAAAAUACAGAACAAUUUUUCCAACUAUUCGUCCUGGCAUUAUCGAAGUAAACUGCUUCCGGUUCUACAUCCGAAUAAGUUAGACCCUACACGCCCAAUUAGCGAAGAAAAACUACGUGAGGAACUGGAGUUGGUUUUAACGGCUGCCUUCACCGAUCCGAGUGAUAGCAGCGCUUGGUUCUAUCAACGUUGGCUACUUGGCUAUUCGCAGCCCGAACUGGAUAUCGCAGCUUUUCGACUAGACAUAGAGCAAGAACUGGCAGUGAUAUCUUUCACGCGGCCGGUUAAUUUGAAGCACAAGAACGUUAUACUAACGUUUGAUUUUGAUUGCCAAUUUAGCCAAGGUUCGAACUGGCAACCAAUAUCUUCAGAUUGUAGCUAUGAUGUCACAUGGGUACUGCAGGGUUUUCGUACUAAGCUUGACGAUAAACAAGUUGUUUUGGUACACUUUACGGAUGAAAACGCUAAAUCAUACACAUUGGAAGCACACAGACAGUCCGAAACGUCGCUUAUAGCUGUCAAAAUACCGAAAUUUGGACAGGAGUUUGGUGAUGCUGUUCUGGAUGUUUUGAAAACUCAGUUGGAUUCAUGUCUACAAUUGCUUGAAUACGAACCGGACAGCAAGUGGACACUACUGACCGCUGCCCUUCUCAUGAAGGCCAUCGACCGCCGGUUCUAUCACGAAGAUAUUAUCACCUAUCUAGACAAGCUACAAAUUGUCGACCCGAUGCGACAAGGUUACUAUCGGGAUCUCACUAGCCGAUGGAGCAUAGAAAAUCGACUAGAGCAAUGGAUUGGUGAAAAUGGAAUACCGAACGCUAGAUUAGACUUGUCCGGAUUGAAGCUCGAACGCGUGUGCUACGAGCAGUAUUUGUCGGUCGCCGAGGAGAUCGAUCUGGGCGCUAACAUGUUUACCGAAGGGAGCUUAAAUAAAUUUGGUUAUUUCGUGUUCUGCAAACGCCUGAUGUUGGAAAAAUGCUUCGAAAAUGGUGAGAAGGCUGAAUCGAUGGUGAAACAGCUGUGCUGUGAUUUGAAAAAUCUGGCUGUGAACUCAUAAACUAACAUCAUUCCGCUGUUGCUGUCACAGGGUGAUAACGCAUUUUUUUUAUAUAAGUUGCAUUUUUAGUUAGGCCUAAAAUUGAAAUGCAUAAAUGAUGUAGUCUGCUAAUAAUAAAUAUCUGUCAAACUUA